UUUUUUACUUGAUCAGUCCCUUUUUAUGGACUUUUUACAUUGGAAUCGCAAUGUGGAGCUCUCUUUUUAAUUUCGCUCUAUCGGAAAUCAGAAAUUUACACAAUGUUGUUCACGUGCAUAUGUGGUUUAACUGAUCUGUGCAUCUUCAGUGUGAUGGAGUAUUUCAAGCCUGAGUAAUGUGAUUCAGCUCUACAGCACGGAAGAAGGGAGAAAAAAGCAAUGUUCUCCCGCAACCGCUGCAAUGGUCAGGAUGGUACGGGCAUCCCUCAGUAUCCCCGACCCAAAAAGAAAACUGCAGUGCCAAAGAGAAGGCAGCCAAAUCCCAAAGUUGCUCUGGUGUUGCGUGGGAAAAUUCAUCGUUUCUUGCAGGGAUCUGCAGAUCAUACUGUCCAGCCUUCUGGUCUUUACUACUCUGGAAUUGAAGAAGAGGAUGAAGAGGGGGAAGAGGAUGUUGAAAAAUUGCAGAAUUACUACAGGAGAGGAUUAGCUUCAGCAGAGGUCUGCUGCUCACCUGAGGUGCCAAAUGGACAUGGGCUGGGAGCAGUUUCUGGGGCACCUUGCGUUGGGGAAGUGGAACUAAAUCGAGAAGGAGGCAUCAGGAUUCCUUGCACUUUGCAGCAUAACAGUAAUUCGACAGUAGUUCAAAACCAAAUGACCCAAGGUCUAAAUGGGACUGGGUUUUCAUCUGAAAGAGGACUUGAUGGUGAGCCUAAAAGACAGACAGAUACUCUGCUGUGCAGGCUGAAUAUGACGAUGCUGGAUGAAGUCAUGGAGGGGAAUAGUCAGGACUGUCAAGAGGAAGAAUCGAGUGAUAUCGUUGAGCACAUACUGAAGGAAUUGCGAGGGAUCAACAAAAUUCAAGAGGAGAUUUCAGACUUGAGGGAGUACCUGUCAUCUGUUUGUGGUUCUGUCGAGGAGGUCUCUAGCUGUGUGGAUGCCGUCUUAAUGGAGAUUGAAUGCAUGCGGUCUGGAAGCAAAUCUGGUGUAGAGACUUGGCCAGGAGCAAUGGGUGGCACUGAGAGUCACUCCCACCACACACACAAAUCAAAUAACACUGUUAGUAAAGGCUGCUACAAGCCUUAUGCUGUUGAAUCCUCAAGUAGCUGUGGUGAUAUACUCUCAGAAUAUCAAGUUGUUGAUGGGAAGCACAAAGAGGCACCAAGGCAGUCUGCUUUCACUAGUGUUGAGACUUCAAACCACAAUGAACAAAAUCCUUUUACACAAGAAGCAUCUAAUCAAAGGUCUGAUGGAUCUCAAGGUGCAGGCAGAAGGAAGCUUAGCUUUGGUUAUCUUGAGCGCCAGGAUGGACAGGACUGUCCAAGCACCAGUUCCCUAUCUUCGGGCCAGAGUUCCAAGUCUGAAUCUGAUCCAGAAAGACCUACCUCUAGACAUGGCAAAGCAGGAAGUGAAAGUAAGUCCUGGAACCCAGUGGCUUUAAAAAACACAGCAGGAGUGGAGAGAUGGGUUGGAGUGAAGAUGAUUCUUGCUCCAGACAAGCCAGUUUUGAAGAGGCAGAGAGCAGCUGGGACCCAUCAAGAGUUGUAA